CGCGGCGUCGCCGGAAUGUGACGUAAGCAACAUGGCGAACGUGGGAUCGCCGAGGAAGAGACGCCACCGCGGGGAAGAAGAAGGAGAAGGAGGAAGAGAAAGAGGAGAUGGACGCUCCGAGGAGGAAGAGGAGAAGGAGGACGAGGCGGAGGAGGACGAGCAGGAGCGCUGGGUGGGGCCUUUGCCCGGGGAAGCGGCGCAGGUCAAAAAGCGGAGAGUUCUUGAGUUCGAACGUGUCUAUCUGGAUAAUCUUCCCAGUGCUUCAAUGUAUGAACGCAGUUACAUGCACAGAGAUGUCAUCACACACGUUGUGUGUACUAAGACCGAUUUUGUAAUAACAGCCAGCCAUGAUGGGCAUGUCAAAUUCUGGAAGAAAGUGGAAGAAGGAAUUGAAUUUGUUAAACAUUUUCGCAGCCAUUUGAGUGUUGUUGAGAGCAUUGCUGCAAGCGCAGAAGGGGCAUUGUUCUGCUCUGUAGGGGAUGACAAAGCAAUGAAGGUUUUUGAUGUGGUGAAUUUUGAUAUGAUCAAUAUGCUCAAACUUGGCUAUCACCCAGGCCAAUGUGAAUGGGUAUAUUGCCCAGGAGAUGCUAUAUCUUCAGUUGCUGCAUCUGAAAAAAGUACUGGGAGAAUAUUCAUAUACGAUGGACGGGGAAACAAUCAACCACUUCACGUUUUUGAUAAACUCCAUACAUCACCUCUUACACAAAUACGACUGAACUCUGUCUAUAAAGUCAUAGUAUCAUCUGACAAAUCUGGAAUGAUAGAAUACUGGACUGGGCCUCCUCAUGAAUAUAAAUUUCCUAAAAAUGUGAACUGGGAAUAUAAAACAGACACUGAUCUAUAUGAAUUUGCUAAAUGUAAAGCCUAUCCGACCAGUAUGUGUUUCUCUUCGGAUGGCAAAAAAAUGGCCACUAUUGGUUCUGACAGAAAAGUCCGAAUUUUCAGAUUCUUGACAGGAAAGCUGAUGAGGGUCUUCGAUGAAUCUUUGAGUAUGUUUACUGAGCUGCAACAGAUGAGGCAACAGCUACCAGACAUGGAGUUUGGACGCCGUAUGGCUGUGGAACGGGAGCUUGAGAAAGUUGAUGCUGUACGAUUAAUUAACAUCAUUUUCGAUGAAACUGGACAUUUUGUGCUCUAUGGAACAAUGCUGGGAAUUAAAGUCAUCAAUGUGGAAACAAACCGAUGUGUUAGGAUUCUAGGCAAACAGGAGAAUAUCAGAGUUAUGCAGCUGGCUCUGUUCCAGGGUGUAGCAAAGAAACACCGUGCAGCAGUUACUGUAGAGAUGAAAGCAUCUGAUAAUCCUGUUCUCCAAAAUAUACAAGCAGAUCCAACAAUAAUUUGCACUGCCUUCAAGAAAAACAGAUUUUAUAUGUUUACCAAGCGUGAACCAGAAGACACCAAGAGUGCAGACUCUGAUAGAGAUGUAUUUAACGAGAAGCCGUCUAAAGAAGAGGUCAUGGCAGCCACUCAGGCAGAAGGACCCAAACGAGUAUCUGAUAGUGCCAUUAUUCACACAAGCAUGGGAGAUAUUCAUGUCAAGCUCUUCCCUGUUGAAUGUCCUAAAACAGUGGAAAAUUUCUGUGUGCAUAGCAGGAAUGGUUACUAUAAUAGCCACACCUUUCACCGCAUCAUAAAGGGCUUCAUGAUUCAGACUGGUGAUCCAACAGGCACAGGAAUGGGAGGCGAAAGCAUCUGGGGAGGAGAAUUUGAGGAUGAGUUCCACUCCACUUUACGACAUGACAGGCCUUACACGCUUAGUAUGGCAAAUGCAGGACCAAACACCAAUGGCUCGCAGUUCUUUAUAACAGUUGUACCAACGCCUUGGCUAGACAACAAGCACAGUGUGUUUGGAAGAGUAACUAAAGGGAUGGAAGUUGUUCAGAGAAUAUCGAAUGUGAAAGUGAAUCCAAAAACUGACAAAGCUUAUGAAGAUGUCAGUAUUAUUAAUAUCACAGUGAAAUGAAGCACGAUUUCUUCUGGACUUCCAAGUACAAUCUGUAUGGUAUCACAGUAGUUCUGCUGUGAAGAUUCAGAACAGCUUUUCUAAUCUUCAUUUAUCUGUAUUUGUAAUGUUUUGUACAGAAAAAAUACUCAUCUUUGAACAAGUGUAUUUUGUAUUUUACUACAAAGGGUAUGUGUAUUUUUUUGGUUUCACAUCUGAAAAAAAUGUUCCCACAUUAUAAGCUGUCCCAUCUCAAAAAUAUAUAGAUGUCUUCCAGCAACAAAGCAUAUCCAAAGCUGAAUAAAACCACGGAAGCAUCUAAAGGA